GACCGACGAAAGAAUCCGGUAGACAUGAAGGGAGAAAAACCUACAGACAUGGAGAGACGUGAGCGGAGCAGGCGGAGAAAGGGCGAGUCCUUCCCGGUCCAACACAUCCACGGGAAGGUUUGUACCUUUUUAUCCAAACUGACUCCGGAGGAGGUUUUAACGAUCGUAUCCGGUUCUCCCGACCCGGAUACGGCUGGAAAGCUGAACCUGCUGAAGGAAGAGCUGACCAGCGAAACGGUAAAGGCGGUGAUGGAAUACAUCACCAAGAAAAUCAAUAAAAUGGCGGAGUUACCUCCCGAAAAGCGGGAAGAGGAGUCCGAAAGCUCCUCCUCCCGCUCCAGGGAGCGCCGCAAAGCAAAAGAAACUGUCGCGGAAACCGACGCGGCAGAUUCUCAUCAGCACAAUACCUUCAACCAGAGUCUGUUGAAAAAAAUAAAUAGACUCUAUCAAAAACUGAAGGUAUUUGACUCAUUGGGCGACAAUGAAAAAAUAAAAAAAGUCAAAGCCAAAGCUCAAAAAAUAAGAGCAAGUCUUACAUGCACAAAAACUAAGAAACGACGUGCAGAGAAGACAUCGCCCGAGUCCUCAGAACUGCAGUCUGAGGCUGAAGAACCUGAGGCUCCAGACCUGCAGCCUGAGGCUUCAGAACCCGAGGCUCCAGACCUGCAGCCUGAGGCUUCAGAACCCGAGGCUCCAGACCUGCAGCCUGAGGCUUCAGAACCCGAGGCUCCAGACCUGCAGCCUGAGGCUUCAGAACCCGAGGCUUCAGACCUGCAGUCUGAGGCUGAAGAACCCGAGGCUUCAGACCUGCAGCCUGAGGCUGAAGAACCGCAUCCAGAUGAUGCAGUUCUUAAAAGAGCUAUCAGAAAGCUCAAGUCUUGCGCUCCACACUUAAAAUUUGAAACUGGAAAGUUCAAAACUGGGGUUAGAAUCAUUGAAGAAUGCAUUUCUAACCUUAAAUCACUGCGAGCCAAACGGACGGCCGAGUCCGAGGAUGGCGAAACGCAACAGGAGGAGGAGCAAGAGAAACCAAAGGAUAAAUAUGCAAAAAUGUUUGUCCGAAACAUCCGCUCAGCAGAGAAAAAAUUAAAAUUAUGUGCUGCAAAAAUUAAAGAUUGCAUCACAAAUAAUAAAAAUCAUUCUCAAAAGGUAAAAAUGGAGGCGGCAGUCGCUCAUGAAGAAUUUGAGAAUGCAUUGAAACUGCUGGCGGAAGCAAUAGCGAUCCUCAAGGAUACACGCACCAAAACUGGAGCUAGGAGGCUAAAAGCGUACACCAAAAACAUAAAGGCAUGUACGAAAGAACUCAACUCCUAUGCUGCAAAGAAAAAGAAGGAUGAAGAGUCAGAACCAGAGGUGGACUCUUGCAUCCAACACAUGAGAUUAGGAACAAAGAAGCUAAAAUCAUGUGCACAAAGCAUUAAAGUUGGUGCGAAAAAUGUAAAGAAAAGCACCAUACAAAGACUGAGUUGCAGGACGGAUGAAGAGUCAGAACCGGAGGAUCCAGAAACUAUUCUGCAGAAAGCUAACAUCGAGCCUGCAGCUGUAGAGGUGAACUCUUGCGUCCAACACAUGAGAUUAGGAAAGGAGAGGCUAAAAUCAUGUGCGCAAAACAUGAAAGUUGGUGCGAAAAAUUUAAAAAAGAGCACCAUACAAAGACUGAGUUGCAGGACGGAUGAAGAGUCAGAACCGGAGGAUCCAGAAACUAUUCUGCAGAAAUCGAACAUCGAGCCUGCAGCUGUAGAGGUGAACUCUUGCGUCCAACACAUGAGAUUAGGAAAGGAGAGGCUAAAAUCAUGUGCGCAAAACAUGAAAGUUGGUGCGAAAAAUCUAAAAAAGAGCACCAUACAAAGACUGAGUUGCAGGACGGAUGAAGAGUCAGAACCGGAGGAAGCCAUUGGAAGUUCACAGCAAGAGUUUGAUGAACGGUCCAUAGCUUCUGAAGCGUCUCUGGCCUAUAAACCGUUUGUGCCUUUAAAAGCGUCCCUGUCUGUGAUCGAGGAUAAGCCGCCUUCCUUGAUCGAGGAGGAGCCGUCUUCCUUGAUCGAGGAGGAGCCGUCUUCCUUCUCCUCAGGACUAGACAAAGAGGAAGAGCUGAGAAGAGCCUUGGGAAAUUCCAUUUUAAACAUGAUCUCCCAUGCAGCUGCAAAAUCUAAGCCAAGCCUCCCAGUGAACUACGACCUGUUUCCUGUAGCAGAGCUUAUUGGAAAAAUUGAGGAAUUUCUCGGAGAUCGCACUAUUAAGAUGGAUAGUCGAGAUAUUGCCACAAAGCUUCACUUGCUCGUCUACAAGGACCUGAUUAAAAAGUGGAAAAGCCCGGAGCUUUUGUUGGUGUUCAUUGAGACGAAUACUGAAGCAGCUAAACAUGAAGUUGCUUUCUUCGUUUUAAAACAUCUGACGAAACCACGAAAGCCUAGCUUGUUUAGGAGGUUCGUUAGCUUCUUCUUCCAUCGCAA